AUGUUGUUGUCGUUUCAAUGAGCAAGGCAGAGGCAGCAAACCUGAUAUGGACAGUGAUGGUGCAGAGAUGGCAGGAACAGUGGAAUAGAGAUACGAAGGGCAGGCAUUUAUUUCAAGUACAGAGGCGGGGAGGGGAGGACGCACAUUUAUAAUUCUAACAGUUUUUUUGUUGGCAGUGUAUUUAAUUGUCUUAAAAUAUAGUUCAAUUUCUUUUUGCAAGGGAAGAAUAAGAAUAACCAAGCAAGAACCGUGGUCAGACUAAUGGAAGGCGUGUCUUGUCACGGCAGACGAAUCAGGGGUUGGUUUACUAGUGCCUAUCUCGAUAGCUUUGUCAAGUUAGCUAACAGCAGCUCACGUCUGUCGACAGCAUGUCCAUUCAACACUUAGGGAAACAGGCAACAUGCCAUGAAAUCCCAUCAAAUUCACAACGCAGAUAGAUACCCUUUAUAGCUACGCUAUAAACUAGAGGUGGUCAGGAUGGGGGAGCGGCCUGUUGUUACCCCCUCAGCUGGGAUCACUCCAGUGCAGCAGAUGCUGGCCUCUGGCACUGGGGCGCUGCUCACAUCAGUGUUCGUCACACCACUGGACGUGGUGAAGAUAAGGCUGCAGGCCCAGCAAACACCAUUCUAUCAAGCUUUAGCUGCUGACUCUGCUUCAUGGAGUGGUGUAAUCCGCCCCUCCAAAUGGAAGUGCUUCCUGUAUUGUAAUGGCCUGAUGGAUCACAUCUAUGUGUGUCAGUAUGGGGCCAGCUGCACCAGCUGGUACAAAACACCAACCCACUUCAGUGGCACCCUGGACGCUUUUGUGAAGAUCACGCGCAACGAGGGGGUCAGGUCUCUGUGGAGCGGGCUGCCUCCCACACUGGUGAUGGCGGUGCCUGCCACGGUCAUCUACUUCACCUGCUAUGACCAGCUCAGAGACUUAUUGCGCUAUGGCAUGGGGUUCCAAGGCAACUACAUCCCCCUGGUGGCAGGGGGUCUCGCUAGACUGGGAGCAGUGAGUGUGAUCAGCCCAUUAGAGCUGGUGCGUACCAAGAUGCAGUCCCAGAAGCUGACCUACAGCGAGCUGAGGGUGUGUAUCCGCUCUAGUGUUGCCCAGGAUGGCUGGCUGUCCCUGUGGAGGGGCUGGGGACCCACCGUCCUACGAGACGUCCCCUUCUCAGCCCUGUACUGGUUCAACUAUGAGCUGGUGAAGGCCCAGCUGUGUGAUCAGUACGAUGUGUCUCAGGCCACCUUCUCCAUCAGCUUCACAGCAGGGGCCUUCUCUGGAGCUGUGGCUGCCAUCAUGACCCUACCUUUUGACGUGGUAAAGACGCGAAGACAGAUCCAACUGGGAGAGAUGGAGACACUGGGAGUCCCUGUGAAGAAUCACACAUCCACAUGGCAUAUCAUGAGGGGAAUUUGGGCUGAAUCGGGAUACAGGGGGCUCUUUGCAGGUUUCCUACCCAGGGUGAUCAAAGUGGCCCCAGCCUGUGCUGUCAUGAUCAGCACCUAUGAGUUUGGGAAGAUCUUCUUCCAGAAGAUGAACCUUGACCGGGAGCAACAGGCCUGCUGAGGGGCUGUGUGUGUGGAGAAGCAGGGUUGGCUGCCUUCUUCUGGGGCAGAAUGGGAAGAGACUAUUAGCAGCUGCCAAUGCACUGCAAGCUGUGCAAGACUGCUCCUGGUUAAGACUUUGCACCUAGAAACCUGAGCUUCAAAUCACCCUGGAGGAGUCUCUGUCUCUCAAUUCAGACAAAGGCAAAGACAUGAGGAAUGGGCUUUUUUUGUCUGUUUUCUAGCCCUUUCUAUUGGCCCACAGGGAGGCUACUCCUACAACUGUGAACACUGUCAUACGUGUAUCCAUGAAUGUGUCCAUUAGUUAAAUUCAGAACUGUGGGGGAAUGGCCCUGUGACCUAAGGCUUAUUCAGACUUUAGCAUGCUUUCCUUGCACGCUAAAAGGUGUUCAUCUUUGCUAGUACAGCCCCCUGCUGUUCAUACCUGGGAGAACACUUCUAACAACAACCCUAAAAAAACUGCAUGCAAAGUAAUCCAUUCAAUCAAGACCUUCCCUUCAACUACUAGCCCAGACCAAAUGCAUGGCUGAGCUGGGAUGAGUGGAUAUUCUUAAUGUAGCAUUCUCAUAUUGAUUUGUCAUCUGACCAAUGAUAGCCUACUAUUCAAUGUCCAUUUUUGUGAUGGGAAUAAACACAAUACUUAUGUAGGUGGGUUACCAUGGCUCAUUCCCCUAGGAUGAGAACUGGGUUUUAUGAGUUAAUUUGGUACAUGUUAUUCAAUCAAAUUAAAUACUUCAGACAAAACAGCUGACAAAUUGAUUAUGCUAUCUAAAAGGGGUUGACAUACUUUGUUUUUUUUACAUGAUUGAAUGUAUGCAGGUUUUCUGUUGAUCCAUUUCAGAACUGGGCUGAGUCAAUAUAGUUUUUUGAAGAAGGUUAAUUUGAAUUUUUUUCAGCAUUUCAGAAAGAUCUGGAGUUCUAACUAGGCUACUGAACUGAGUUGUUGCCUUGAUCUUAAAUUUGUGUGUUUAUUAUUUCUUGUGUACCUUACAUGGAUGUAUAGAAUGUUUUAUAUGCUGUGACUGGUUUUACAAGUUUUUUUUAUUCAGUCAGAGGGAUACAGAUCAUCUAACAGAAUGCCUAAUUGGAUUCAAAGACAUUUAAAAAAAAUUAAAUAAUAAUAAUCGACUUUAUUUAACCAGGUAGGCUAGUUGAGAACAAGUUGAGAUGGACAGUUGUAAAAUAAAAAAGGUGUUGCACCAAU